AUGGUGUCAAAACGCGCUUUGCCCGAGCGGAAGAACCCGCUGCUCGAGCCCAUCGAGUCUACGGCCAAGGAGAUUCUCAUCGAGAGACGUCGCUUGGGCCAGACCAACCUCGCCGUGAAGCCUGGCGUUGCGGGCGUCGCGAGCGCGACCAAGAGCGACAACAUGGGCACCUUUGACUACGCGCAUUUACGCGUGCCGCUCCCCAAGGACCUCAGUGGAUCAGGCAUCUUCACUCUGACCAGGGCCUCGACCUUCCCCGAUGACGGAUACAUUAGCGCGACGGGCAUGUUCAAGGCUGCUUUUCCCUGGGCAUCGCUCGCAGAAGAGGAGGCCGAGCGCAGGUAUCAGAAGUCGUUCCCCUCGGCUGGUGGAGACGAGGUUGCAGGCAGCGUGUGGAUCGCGCCUGAAGAGGAAUACGCCAUGCGCCACUGGAUCGAGGCCCUGCUAGACCCCGCGCCAAUUGAGAAGGGCAGCAAGGAUAAAGUCAACACGCACAUCCAGCAACCACCAGUGUUCGACCUCGAGAACGCAACUCUUGCUGCGCUACCACUACACUCUGCACUUCGCACAUCAACUCGCGCGCGAUCGACACGAUCUGCGUCACCCAGCAAGAUGGCCACGCCCAGCCGCAAGAUUGCGACACCAAGGAAGCCCAGGACAACAAGAGGCGGCCUCAAGUCUGAAGUCCAGAAGAUCGACGAGACGAUCGAAUCGUCCGCCUCCAAGGCCGCCAGCGCGCUCCAGAACGUCAUCGCAAACGGCGCCGACAUUGACGACUCAGUCGCGUCGGACUCCGUAAGCGGCGAGGUCAAGGAGGUGGAGUCGAAGGAAGGUGGCGUCAAGGAUGGUGUCGUCCAUAUCGAAGUGCAAGAGACGGUCGAGACGGAAGGCAAUGUGGAGACCAAGUCCACCAACGUCAGCAUCGACGUUCCUCACAGCCACGCCGAGCUCCCUGAGCCCGAGGACCCUGCCAAGAUGAUUGAGGAGGCGCGACGGAUGGUGGAGGAGGCACAGAAGCUGGAGGCUGGCUCAUCCUCGGAUGUCAUAAAGUCAUCGAAGCGCAAGGUCGAAGAGAUCGUUGAAGAGGGGGAACUCGAGCAGGACCGCCCAUCAAAGUCCGCUAGAACCGUCUACACAACCGAGCAGAAGCUCGUCAAGGAGAAGGUCGCGAGAAGGGCCAUGUUUGGUGUUUUUGCCAUGGCAGCGAUCGGUACAGCAUUCCAGUACCUCGCAUAACUACAGCAUUCUUUCUUCUCCAGGUGUUGCUGAAUUUUGGGCCCCGAAGUCUUUUGAUUUAUGCACCUUCUUUUCCCCCCUUCGAAUUUUGUCCCCAGAUACCAUGCCCCCCAAUUUUCGAUCCUUGAUCUUAUGUUCAUGUUGGCGCAGGAAAGGGGGUUUUCUUGCUACUUGGCUGACACGGAAUUACAAAAGAGGGGAGGAACUGGCUGGGCUGCGACACGCUUGGGUGGCGAGGUCAUGAGUUAGAGCAUUUUAAUUUGAUAUCCCCCUUCUUUUUUGAA